GGGAUCAUCAGAAGACUCCCUGCUGGCCAACCCGUCUGUAGCAAGAAUGCGACAAGUUCUUCUGGUUAUACGCCUACAUGACCAUGCGCAAGCUUGGUAUGUACUACUUUGCUAACUUGCUCGGCGAUUCCAUCGUCGAAAUCUGGUCGAGGAGUAGAUCUUUUUGCGUUUUUACACAUUCUACCCUACUGCAGCUGAUUUGCUUGCCAUGAUUCUAAGUUGGAGGAUGGAUUUUCUUGCAUCAAGGCCAUGUGCCGAAAUUGUUCGUUCGUCACACCAUGUGGCCAUUCCGUCAUUGGUACGACCGUUUGUUCCGCAGGUCUGCGCGAGCCUCCACGUAGGUGCUGCCUUCGACUGGUCGUACGAGCCCAAACGGGCAUCAUCGGUAACUCUUAUUUCAAGGACUUGCGAUCGCAGCUUGCUGCUGGGUCAAUGGACAAUAAGUACUCAGACACUCUGCGCCAAUUCUCUUCACCAGAACAUUCAACUCUUUCAGUUGAUUGCGCGAUUGAUCUCUUAUCUGAUUCUCUGUGACUUCCUUGAGCCGCUUACGCCCUACGGUAAACUCUUCUCCGCCAACCGUUUGUAUCUUUGUGUUGGACGACGAAAGCGCCGCGUGCACAAUGCCAGACUCUCCAAAGACAGAUGCACCCGUGGUUGGUACGUACGAUCUUGGCGGCGGACGAAAAGGAGCAAUAUCGGGACCCGGGGGUCAGACACCGAAUCAACCGCAGCCGAAUGGAAUGGGACUUUAGAAGCUUCCUUCGCCUGGAAAUUUUCGCACUUGAGAAGCCGCUGGGUUUCUGGAUUGCACGGUUUAUUUAUGGAUAUGUACGACUUGAAAUGCAUAACUCUCGGAGCGCCUCUUGCGACUGAUCGAUCUUCCUCUGAACAUCAUUCAUCUCGAUCCUGUGUGUAUCAUCCCUCGGUACUAUAGCGUUGACAUGGCGGUGUGGUUCUGGAUUCGAAUAACCUGGUGCCUAGCGGUAGAGCAGCGUUCAUACGAGCAUCUCGGCUGGGGCGCUCAAUAUUAACUAGGACAAAUCCAACACUGUCUCUUCACUGCAGUCGUGUGGUGCCUCUCAACUGGAAGGACUAGACUGCCAGGUUGUGCGCAUGGUGAUAUUUUGUACAACCUGGUAAGAACGAAGGCGCAAUUUACCGGUCCCACAUAUAGACAGGCUGAACACCCGCUUACUCAGUCUUUCGGCAUUUCAGCUGUACCAGUGCCCCGUCUCACUUUGCUAAGCGCAAAGCUAGUCGUUCGUCGUAAAUGCUCAAUGGCCAAACGCUAAAGAAAGAAUUACAAACCCUCGACAUACUAGUGCUCUUCUGGCGAUGGGCAAGGCACCCAAGUAAGCAGCUUGAACGAUGGAGUUGCCAACCAUGGUCACUAACCUGAGUCCUUGCCUUCCGUACGC